ACACACUCACUAAUAAAACGAGUAAAUAUAGCCGUUUCUCUCUACUCUUUUCUAACACACACACACAUACUCGCACACUACACCAGCCAUUGCUGUCUCAUUCUCUUACUUUCUUCGUCUCUUUCUCUCUCUCUUUCUCCUCAAGUUGAUAAUGUAAAACACUGCUAAAAGCAAGAGAAAAGUUGCUUCUUUGGCUUUGAAGAUAGUCUGCUGCUAAUCUUUAGAGGAAUCUUGAUCUGAAGUAGUUAUGGCUGGCUGUAGCUUUCUCUCGGUCUUGGCUAUCCACAUUUGCUUGCUGCUGGGCUUGUCUUUUGCUGAAGACCCUUUUGUGAACUAUGAGUUUGUUGUCUCUUACAUCACUGCUUCUCCUCUUGGUGUUCCUCAGCAGGUGAUUGCUAUAAAUGGCAAGUUUCCAGGUCCCACUCUUAAUGUGACCACUAAUAACAAUGUUGUUGUCAAUGUGAGGAACAAAUUAGAUGAAGGGCUCUUAAUCCAUUGGUCUGGUAUACAGCAGAGGAGGAGUUCAUGGCAAGAUGGGCUUCCUGGCACAAAUUGUCCCAUCCCUCCAAAGUGGAAUUGGACUUACCAGUUUCAGGUUAAGGAUCAGAUUGGGAGCUUCUUUUACUUCCCUUCACUCAAUUUCCAGAGGGCUUCAGGUGGUUUUGGCAGUAUCAUCGUGAACAAUCGAGCGAUUAUUCCCAUUCCUUUUGACACCCCUUAUGGGGAUAUCACAAUUGUAAUAGGAGACUGGUACACUCAGAAUCACACGGCAUUGAGGAAAACUCUUAAUGCUGGGAAAGAUCUUGGGAUGCCAGACGGGGUUCUGAUUAAUGGUAAAGGGCCUUAUAGGUACAAUGACACUCUUGUUCCAGACAACAUUGAUUACGAAACAAUUACUGUCCACCCAGGCAAGACAUAUCGCCUUCGCGUGAGCAAUGUUGGAAUUUCAACUAGUUUGAACUUCAGAAUUCAGAACCAUAACUUGCUUCUAGCUGAAACGGAGGGUUCAUAUACAGUACAACAGAACUAUACUAGUCUAGAUAUUCAUGUUGGGCAAACGUACUCCUUUUUGGUGACCAUGGAUCAAAACGCAAGCAGCGAUUACUACAUUGUUGCAAGUGCCAGAUUCGUCAACGAAACCACAUGGCGGAGAGUCACUGGUGUUGGUAUCUUGCACUAUACGAACUCAAAAGGGAAGGCAUCUGGUCCCCUUCCCGACCCACCACAAGACCAAUUUGAUAAGACCUACUCAAUGAACCAGGCGAGAUCCAUCAGGUGGAACGUGACUGCUAGUGGCGCUCGUCCGAAUCCUCAAGGUUCUUUCAGAUACGGUUCAAUUAACGUGACUGAGGUGUAUGUGCUCAGAAACAAGCCUCCGGUGACAAUUGAUGGGAAACGGCGAACUACACUUAGUGGGAUUUCCUUUGUCAAUCCUUCAACACCAAUCAGGCUUGCGGACCAAUAUAAAGUGAAGGGAGCAUACAAGCUUGACUUCCCAACUAGGCCACUUACCGGACCACCUCGGAUGGAAACAUCAAUCAUCAAUGGUACUUAUAGGGGAUUUAUGGAAGUGAUAUUGCAGAACAAUGACACCAAGGUCCAAACAUAUCACAUGAGCGGAUAUGCCUUUUUUGUGGUUGGUAUGGAUUAUGGUGAGUGGACAGAGAACAGCAGGGGCACAUACAAUAAGUGGGACGGAAUUGCCCGAACUACAGCACAGGUUUAUCCUGGAGCGUGGACAGCAAUCCUGAUAUCCCUGGACAAUGUCGGAGUUUGGAACCUGAGAACAGAAAACCUCGACUCAUGGUACCUAGGCCAAGAAACGUACGUCAGGGUCAUCAAUCCAGAGCCCAAUAACAAAACAGAGUUCCCAAUACCAGACAACGCCCUCUUCUGUGGUGCACUAAGCAGAUUGCAAAAGCCACAGCACAUAUCUUUUGCAACGUCGGUCAGAGGCAGCAGCAGGCAGAACUUUUUGGUCGGUCUCGUACUCAUGUUAUCUGCUCUGUUUUCCAUCUUCGGUUGAUAAAUAUGUCAGCGAUGGCUGGAUUGUGUUGUGUACUAUGCGGGAGAUGAUUGCUGUUGUGAGAAGAUUUUUAGGGUGUGUAAUUGUAGUAUUUGUUGAUAUGAAUCUUUAGUCAUUUUAGCCGACGUCUAUUUUUCCCCCCCUUAUCCGGCUGUAGUAAUGCUCCCGGUCUCCUUGUCUUUAAGUUAUCCGGAUUCAAUCAUCAUUCUUUCAUCACUUUAACUUGAUGUAAUGUCGACGAUUCAUCAAUUUUCAUACAGCUUAACUUGUUCUUAGCUUCUGCAGAA